AUGUUUUCUCUCAGUCGACAUUGCUCUCAUACAUACUCACGUCUGUUUCGUCGAAAUUUUGCUGAGAUAGUAUCUUUCUCUGCGAAUCCAUCGGACUCCCCAUUGAAGGGUACCAUAGAUCCACCUCCACAGCGUCAAACUUCAAGUUCCGACCUGGACACAGCUCAAUCUACUACUCCGCAAACUAUCACGCCCGUGCGGCUGGGGAACCGUGUCUCUGUUAGAGAGGAUCAUGGUCUAUAUGGUUUCUUCAGGCAGAAGGAGCAAGGGAAAGAUGGGAAAACAUUCGUUGGGGAGGCCCGAUUCGAAACGCUUGGAGGUAGUAUCUAUCAAGAGAAUGUUCAAAGUGGACGUUCAUGGAAAGCCUCUGAACUACGUUUAAAGAGUUUUCACGAUUUGCACACACUUUGGUAUAUUCUACUGCGAGAAAGAAAUUUGCUUGCUACGCAAGCAGAGGAAGUCAGAAGACUGGGAGUCAGUCCUCUACUUUUCUCGUUGAGCUACAAAAUGCGGCAGUGUAAAAAGUCGAUGGCGCGCAUCAAAUAUGUCCUCAAUGAGCGGAGGCUGGCCUACGACGGAGCUGUCAAGCUCGCCGAAAAAGAGAAACAAGACCAUCUUGAUCAAGUCGUUUUGCAGCAUCAACUUGCCGAGUAUCGCAAGGAACGGAAAUAUCAUGCUAAAAGAGAGAUAUUGAGAGCUCCUGAACAACAAGACAGCGACUCUACUUCCCUCUCACAGAACGUUGAUCAGCCUGAAGCCACAGGGACACCGACGACAUGA